UGCCACCUGUGUGUGUGUUCCAGUCUCCUUCCUCCUCCUCUCCGUUCUUCCCCUCCUCACCCCCUCCCAUUAAGCCUUGACUCCCUCUCUCUCUCUCUCUCUCUCUCUCACCCUUCAUCCUUCGUACGUUACACUCCAUAAAUCCGUUUACUUUCUCACCCCAUCUCUGCCCUUCCUCCUCCUUUUAUUCUCCAUUGGAAUUGGAGGAUCCCUCCUCGUCUCUCCCUCCCCUUGGAGCAGCGAGCGACCCAGCAAGCCCGGCGUGGUUCUUCCUCCCUAAGUACCUUUAGAGAGAGGCCUUUGCUUCUGCUGCUGAGGAGGGAGGAUUUUUUUUCGAGCUAUAACUUUCAUUAGCGUUGAAGGUUCAUUCAAAUGCUAAAUUUUGGCAGGGCUAGAUCUCAGCCUAGGCCAAACAGAUCUCUGUCCUUAGGAGGUAUGGAUUACCCAGACCUGAAAAGGAAGAAUGGCUAUGUUGGAAAAAUUAUUUUGGCCGCUUCCUUGACAGUAUUGUGCAUAAUAAUGCUCAAGCAAUCUCCAAGUUUCAACACUUCAAGCGUGUUCUCUCUUCAUGAGGCAGGAGUGACUCACGUCCUAGUGACUGGAGGAGCUGGCUAUAUUGGUUCACAUGCCACAAUGAGACUUUUGAGGGACCAGUACCGCGUAACCAUUGUGGACAACCUGUCUCGUGGAAACAUAGGGGCCGUCAAGGUUCUGCAGGAAAUGUUUCCUGAGCCAGGGAGAUUGCAGUUUAUCUAUGCGGAUUUAGGCAAUGCAAAGGCUGUCAACAAAAUUUUUUCAGAAAAUGCCUUUGAUGCAGUGAUGCAUUUUGCUGCUGUCGCUUAUGUCGGGGAAAGCACUCUUGAACCUCUUAGGUAUUACCAUAAUAUAACAUCGAAUACGUUGGUGGUCCUGGAGGCUAUGGCAGCUCAUGGUGUGAAGACCUUGAUAUACUCCAGCACAUGUGCAACCUAUGGUGAACCGGACAAAAUGCCAAUUACUGAAGAGACUCCCCAGGUGCCUAUUAAUCCGUAUGGAAAAGCCAAGAAGAUGGCGGAGGAUAUUAUACUCGAUUUCUCUAAGAAUUCAGACAUGGCUGUCAUGAUUUUAAGAUACUUCAAUGUGAUUGGGUCCGAUCCUGAUGGUAGACUGGGAGAAGCACCAAGGCCCGAACUACGUGAGCAUGGACGUAUCUCAGGUGCUUGCUUUGAUGCAGCACGUGGCAUCAUAACUGGGUUAAAAGUCAAAGGAACAGAUUAUAAGACUGCUGAUGGAACUUGUGUGAGGGAUUAUAUUGACGUCACUGAUCUAGUUGAUGCACAUGUUAAAGCUCUUGAGAAGGCACAACCAAAGAAAGUUGGAAUCUACAAUGUUGGAACUGGCAGAGGUCGAUCAGUCAAGGAGUUUGUCGAAGCCUGCAAGAAGGCAACUGGGGUGGACAUAAAAGUUGAUUACCUGCCCCGGAGACCCGGUGAUUAUGCUGAAGUUUACAGCGACCCCACCAAGAUCGGACUUGAGCUCAACUGGACUGCGAAAUACACCGAUCUCCAGGAGAGCUUGCGGAUGGCCUGGAGAUGGCAGAAGGCCCACCGGAACGGCUAUGGGACCGUGGCAGCUUCUGCCUGAAGGAAUGUUCUGUAGAUUCGUCUGUGACAGAACGUAAGUGAGACUAACGAGAGAGAGGCCCGACCGACCGAAAUGCUGACCAUUUCACUCCCCCUGAAGUAUUGGACUUCUUGUUCAAAGUUCAGAUUUAUGGAGAAACUUAAGAGGAAGAGCGAUAGUAAGGGGUUGGGAGGAUUUAGUGAUUCAGUGAGGUCGAGGACGUUGUAUCGUCUCUCCUGGGGGAUUGUUAGGUAAAAGUUUAGUAGCUCAAUUCAUUAAUAUUCUCAUAAUGCAAUUUUUAUGACAGAUAAUAGCUCAAUAAAUAAUUGGCUGGCUGCUGUUAUAUAGCAAAUUUCCUAAUAUUUUCGGCUCAA